ACGCCGGUAGUGGAGGUAACUUUGCGUGCAACAGCUCCAAGGAAAAACUUAGGCGCAGUAAGAUAAAAUAAUUAUCAUCAUGCUCCCUCUCUCUUUGCUGAAGACGGCUCAGAACCACCCAAUGCUGGUGGAGUUGAAGAAUGGCGAGACAUACAAUGGUCACCUGGUUAGCUGCGACAACUGGAUGAACAUCAACCUGAGAGAGGUCAUUUGCACGUCAAGGGAUGGAGAUAAAUUCUGGAGGAUGCCUGAAUGCUACAUCAGGGGAAGCACCAUCAAGUAUCUGCGAAUCCCUGAUGAGAUAAUCGAUAUGGUGAAGGAGGAGGUAGUGUCGAAGGGACGAGGCCGUGGGGGCAUGCAGCAGAAUAAACAGCAGGGCAAGGGCCGAGGAGGUGGAGUCGGUAGAGGUUUAUUUGGCGGUCGUGGCAGAGGCAUGCCUGGUGCAGGCCGUGGGCAGCAGCAGCAGCAGCAGCAACAGCAGCAGCAGCAGCAGGACAAGAAGCCUGGCAAACCCCAAGGAAUGAAGAACCAGCACUAACAACCCACACGCCGCUCUGUCACUGUUAACAGAUCAGCAUCCUUGGAGACGAAAAACAUCUUCAGAGGAACAGAGGUCAAACGAACUCUGUAAUGUUUUUAAUCAUCCUCAUCCCAUUGCAGAUUCAUAUUGAGAGGGCAAGAUGUGUAUUUUAAAGGCACUGGAUUAUUUCUUUCCUUAACUAGUCCAAGUGUUUUCUACCAACACUUUAGUUAACAGUGGCCUUAUUCCAAUUUAUUCACCUGUGUUAAAACCUAUGGAAAAGUACAAUGUGUAUGAAUUUAACUUUGCAUUUCUUCCACAAAUGCAUAUACUUAGUAUAGUGUAACGUCCAGUACAGAAGUCCAAGAGUUUGUUUGUUUUUUUGUUUUUGUUUUUUUUGUCCCUCUGUUUUGUUUUUAAACCUUUUUCAGUUGAACUGUGUAUUGGAGCUUUUGAUCAAAUAGUUUAACAGUGGUAUUGUUUGCAGUACUCCUCUGUAGGCUGGAAUAAGGUUACAAGAAAGCGAUACUGUAUUCAGUUUGCUCAUUUUGGUUUUCCACUAGUGGGUCAUUUUCAUCUUGAAGGAUUUCUGCUUCACCCCAAUUUUUUUUUUAUUUAAACUUGGUCUUUGUCUGUGAAUCACUGUAUAUUGGCUUGUGGUUUGUUUGUUUACUGUGGGACACAGUAAGUUGUUGGCAGGUCAGAUAAGAGGCCAUUAUGCUGGGCCGGGAGCGCAUUUUAAGUCCCUGAGGAUUGAACACUUUUGUUAAUGGGUUUGUACAAUGACACUGAUUAAGACAUUUUUCAUGAAUUUGAAAAUGGAUGUGCCCAACAUGGUUAAUGUUGGUGGGUUUCAUUUUAUUUUUUGUAACAAAACAAGGUUGUAAUUUAUUUACAAGAAAAUUGAAAUAAAAAGGCUUUUGU